GCCUUUGAACUCUCUCUACAUACAGCUGAUCUGUUUUGCAGGUAUUUUGAUUUCACACGAAGCGCUCAAACAACAGACAGAAAGACGCCGUACUACGUGGCCAGUUUUUCUUAGUUUGUGACCAUUCAUUGCGAUCCUAGUGGUCUGCCAGACUUUACAAUCACAUUCCGUCCUUCAGGUUUAUCAAGCGAUAACAAGGGAGUCCUAUCUUGUCUUGUUCAUACCACGAUGGCCAUGAACAACUUAAAGCACUCACUACCACCACUCCCUCCCAUCCAAGGAGAGCUCAUGCUCGACGUAUAUACGCAUCGGUCUAUGCUGGGCAGAGACAUCGACGAGAAUACCGUGCAUGGAAAUACCGAGCGAUUGGCUGAGCUGGGUAGCUCGGUGCUCAGUAUGCUCGUCGUGUACACGUUGUACUCAGAGAAACCGAUGCUUCCCGCCCAUGAUCUCAAAAUGCGCCAAGCUGAAAUGCUGAGCGACAAGAACAUCGGAGACUGGCUUUCUCUUUACGGAUUAAAGGCUAAAAUUCGUUGUGCAGACAAAAGUGUACUUGACAGGCCUGAAGAAGCUCGUUUCCUCUUCAAUUCUUAUGUUGGUGCCGUGUACACCCAGAAAGGAUUGCAAGAAGUCAUGAACUGGGUCGGACGCCUUGUCAACCCUUCCUCGGAGCCUCCAACAGUCCCAGGAGAUACAACCAACAACCAGCCCGCUACAACGCCGCCUCCACCACCUCCAAUGUAUUAUUCUCAGCCCCCACCCCCGCCUCCGCCAAGCACUGCGCCUCCUCCGAUGCCAUCGAUGCCGCCGCCUGUGCCCUCUCAGGGUGUACUUGCAAUAUUCAAUCAGACGUGUAUGCAAAGAGGACUCACAGUAGAGUGGAAACCGGAGAUGACGGGGCCACCGCACAAUCCGAGGUGGGAAGUGAAGUGUAUUGUGAGCGGACAACAUCGUGGAACCGGGGCAGGUAGAAACCAGAAGCAGGCAAAGGAGCAAGCAGCGACAGAGGCAUAUCAGUACAUGCAGGCCACAGGCUGGGGCCUUCUCUAACAACAUUCGGACUUAUAUCAACGGAAUGUAUCACCUCCUUACCUCCACCUGGUUUCCGCUGGUUAGACAGUUAUUUUUGUAUCGGUUUGGAUACCAAAGUCACUACUACAACUGUCGGAUAGGCUCGUUCUAUUUAAAUGACAUUUUGAUAC